AUGACAGGAUGCGGGAGGUUCUUCGAGGGGACUGCAGAGGAGAUGCACCUGGCGCUCAACAAGCAUCUUGCAUCACUUCCAGACGAUACGGUCGUCUUUCCCGGCCAUGAGUAUACUCGAGGCAAUGCCAAGUUCGCAAUCUCUGUAUCACAGAGCGAACCAGUACAGCAGCUAUUGAGCUUCUCUGACGCAAACCCUGUCACAGUGGGCAAGUACACGAUAGGCCAUGAAAAGGUCGCGCAGAAGCCCCAUGGUUUUAUUUAA